AGUCCGAGCACCGGAAGCGGGCUGUAAGCGUUAGAUAAGGAGCUCAGCAUCGACGCCGCUGCUGCUGCUGCUGCGCGUCUCUUCCCGGUGACUGUGCGGAGAUGUUAGACCGUUCCCGGUGAAAAGAAAAAAAAUCCCCGCCGAAGCUCUGCCCCGUGGAAAUGCCCCACCGCAGGGUGUAAAUAGGGCGGGAUUCGCGGACGGAAGAGCGGGGCAGAGAAGGCCAGGUCUCCGGGGCAGCUUGGGAGGAUAACACCGGCAGGAUGUGGCAAGUUUUAGCAUGCGGGGCUGUAGUUUUCCCCGGUCUUUUCUUCGCCUUCAGGAAGGUUCUCCCCGCGGUGUUCAAGCACUGGACCGACGCCGACGUGGUUCUUGUCAGCGAGAGACUGGUGUCAUCCAUCCACGCCCUCAUGGCCACGACAGCCGGAGUCGUCAUCGUGUCGUCAUGCAGAGGCAACAUCAUUUAUGACAGGCACUGGCUGACCACCUACUUCGUCAUCUGGUACGGCGUCCCCUACAUGACCUACGACAUCUUCGCCAUGUACCUCAGCCACUACUACCGCUACCACGUCAAAGGCCACGAGGACUACAAGCAGCACUCGCUGAGGACCGUCAACUCCUUCGUCCGGAGAGAGUUCCUGCUGGUGCUGCACCACAUCGCGCUCCUCACCAUCCUGCUGCCCAUCACUCUGUUCUUCAGGAAGGACCAGGGGGAUUUCUUCAUCGGCUGCCUGUUCCUGACGGAGCUCAGCACGCCCUUCGUCUCCCUGGGGAAGAUCCUCAUCCAGCUCAGCCUCCAGGACUGCUGGCUGCACAAGGCCAACGGCGGCAUGGUCCUGGUCACCUUCUUCGUCUGCCGCAUCGCUCUCUUCCCCUUCAUGUACUGGAUGUACGGCCGCCACUACGCCGUCCCCCUCUACGCCGUGCCCUUCCACCUGCCGCUCGCCACCAACCUGGGCAGCUCGUGCAUCCUGGCGCCGCAGGUCUACUGGUUCGUGCUGCUCUGCAGAAAGGGCUACCGGCUGUACCGGCGAAGCCGCGGCCCGCCGGACGCCAUCGACGCCGCCAGCGCCGCCGCCGCCGCCGGCUCCAAGGAGGAUUGAUGUCCGGUUUGCUCCCGCUCCGUCCGGCUGCACACUCGGCUUCUAACUCGACCCCAUUGUCGUACUGUAGUACACCAGGACUGCCUGCUCUCCUCCCACUCCUCCUGGGCAUCCCCCCCCCCCCCCCAUCCACUCUGAUUCCUCUGUAACAAACCCGUUGCCUCGUAGGACCUCUCGCUCCGUUUGAUUUGAACUCUGAAGCUGCGCUCCUCCACGCUCAGAGUCCCCAAGGAAGGAAGGAAGGAAGGAAGGAAGGAAGGAAGGAAGGAGGGAAGGUCACGUCCGCCUCGCCGGGAGUGAAAGGUGGAGACGGCGGGACCAGCUCCCGCGCACAGACUCCAUCUUGUCUUUCACUCGUCGCCGCUGAUGGGAACGCCGCGGCGCUCCAGGUCGUGUUUUAAACGUGUGGUUCUGUUACAGCUCGGUGUCACUUAGUUGUUUCCUCUGCAGCCCGCCGCCAUCGACACGCCUCACCCACCUUCAGACAUCUGCUCCCGUAUUCCACUUAAAACGUUGCUUUUUUUCUUUCUUUUUUACUUUAUUUGGGGAGAUUAAACAUUUCUUAAAUUUCAGACAGGCAGAAGUUUUAAGGGCUUAUUUUUAGGAUCUGAUUCCAUCGUUUAAAUCGCCUUGAGGAACGUGACUGGACGGUGCGGCAGGAAGUUCUGUUUAAUUUACCGCUGUGCGACUUUUCUAAUGUGAAUUUACUGUUUUUUUUGUUUUUUGUCGUUACAUAAGCUCGGUUUAGGUAACACUGGAGCGGUGAGAGCCGGCGUGGGGCGGCUGGUGUGGUAAUAGCUCAGGUUCUGGUCCGACAGGCAGCCAUGCUGGUUUCUCACCGGCUCUGAUGUGUGGAAACCAACUUUAUUGACAAGCCAGGUCAGCACAAAACAUUUAACUGCUGCAUUCAGGACGGGCAGGUGUAAAGCGGGAAUAUUCAAACAACCAAUCGGCCGGCAGAUAGACCGGCCGGCCAAUCAGGAGGCAGCGAGGAGGCUAGCCCGGCUCUGCUAGUUUGUUUGGGUUUUCUUUGGGUUCCGAUUCCAGCUUAGAGCCGUCAGCGUGAGCUUCUGCAUCAGGGGCCGCCCCCGAGAAACGAACAAGAACGACCGUAUGUGAAGCUCUUCAGGGUUUUAAAAGAUUUAAAUUAUGUUUUUAAUUUAGUUUGAAAAUAGUUUUCUAGCUUAAAUGAAACCUGCUGUACAUCUUAAAUCAGAGAGGACCAUUCCCAGAUACUGAUAGAUAAUUUAUCUGAGAGGUAUUUGUGAGAGAUAAUCAACACUUAUUGCUUAGUUUUAGCUCUUUGUCUAUAUCAUUAAAACGUGUAUAGAAGAAUAUAAUAUUUAGUUUCAGCUCCAGGGUUUGAUCGCUUUGUGAGGCGUUUCAGUUUGUUUCCUGUUCCUUCAGUCUAUGCAACAGAGACCAGGGUGCGUGCAGCGCUGCAGUCAGGGCAUAACCAAGAGAUCCGGAGAGGGAGAUGGAUGGAUGGAUGGAUGGAUGGAUGGAUGGAUGGAUGGAUGGAUGGGUCAGGGCCUCGUCUGCAGGAAUGUUGGUGCUGCACUGAGAAGCAAAGCCCCGGAUCAUCUGUGGUCCUGAGAAAUGGGUCUGAAAGGGAGGGAGUUCAACCAUCAACCUGGAGUCGAGCCUCAUCGCCACAUCUACCUGUGUGACCUCACCGUAGACGAGCAGAAGGCGACACCUGAGCCCAGAAACCUCUCCAGCUGGUCGCUGUGGCAGAUCUAGCCAGUUCAGUUACUCCUGAGGAUCCGGAUCCAUCAUCUGGCGUUGGUAACACUAGCUUCACAUAAGCUAUGAGACCGAGCAGAGUUGUAGCAGAAGAGUGAGUAAAGCUGAGCCAGGGUGGACGUCUGGAUUACUGCGGUCUGCAUUUCCUCCUCACGAGCUAUCAGAACAUGGACUGCAGCGUGUUUAAGACGUUUGCUGCCCUGUUGUUGAUAGCAGAGCCAUCUCCUUUAUCUGCUCUCUGCUGACCCUAGCUAGGGAUGGCAUGACGAGCUCUGCUCCUCCUCCAUCCCUUAAUAAAUUACCCUGAUCUUCCUGAGGACAUCUCUGCAGGCUCCAAACCCUCAGAGAUCCUUCACGCUCCACCAGGAAGCCCACUUUGUGCUUAACGCACCCCGGAAAGGCCGCAGUCUGCGCCUCCGUUCUUUGUUACGCUUGAAUGUUUCAGAUCAUCAAACUGAGUUUUGCAGCAGACAAAGAGAAUCAGGUUAACACAAAAUGCAGUUUAUAAAUGACGAUUAAUAAAAUCUAAAAGUCGUCCAGGUCCUGUUAGGAAGCGUGUUUUUGGGAAAGCUUGAUUUAUGUCAUUAGCCCGAAGUAUUCAGAAGCUUUCUGACGACCCAAAGCAAUACCAGCGAUGCCACCUGAGAAUGGCUUUAAAAAAAAAAAAAGAUGGAGUUGGCGUGGCCUAGUCAUGGUCUGAACUUAAUUCAGAUUCAUAUAUGCUGGCAUGACGUUAAACAAGCUGUCCAUGCUGGAAAAUGUGCCUGAAUUAAAUAAAUUCUGCAAAGCAGAGCGGGUCCAACUCCCUCCACAGUAGUAGGUUUAGGGUGUGGUUACUUUUUCCCAGAGGACCAGGUUAGUUAGGAUAGAUAAUUUUCCCUUUUUAAUAAAUAAAAAUGUUAUCAGAAAACAUUUUUUUUUUUUUUAGUUUAUCUGAUAUUUAUCUGAUAUUAAGACUUGUUUGAUGAUCUGACAUGUUUAAGCUGAUUCUUUGCCGUAUCUGUGGGGGUCUUCAGCCGCCAUGAAGGCACCUUUAAUCAGACGUUCCUGCCUGUAUGAGGAGCUGAGUGCCGGUAGAACCGCAGUCGUCCUGUCGGCCGGUUCUUUCGGGGUAAGGAGAGCCCAGCAGAUCCGUUUCUGUCCUGCAGCUCAUUGUCUGCUCGGUGUGUUGCUCUAAUCGCCGUAUAUCUGCUUUCUGCCCCAUUCGAUGCGGUGCCGGUCAGGUUAAUGGGCUCUGGAGGCUGCAGAGCAGAGCGAGUCCUGCUGCUCGUCCUUCCAGUUUACAGCCAGUGCAGCCGUCCCCGGCCUCGAUUCCACUUUUCCACCAUCUCUCAUUUCUGCUUCCAUUAAAUGCAACGAAGAACAGGAAUAUGUUGCUUUUUAUGAACAUAUAUUUUCAGAGGUUUUAAACAAUCCAGAUACCUCAAAGCUUAAUUAAUUUUUUCUUUCUUUCUCUUAGUCGAAAAUUCAUCUUGAUGGAGCUUUGCAGAACGUUGCGGCUUUCUCUGCUGUAACUUUGAAGUGGAGACGUUUAGUCUUAAUUAAGUCAGCCCAUUAAAAAUGUUUGGCUUAGUUUUAAAUAUCGUAAAUGUAGCAUUUCUAUUUAUUUAAAAAAAAAAACAAUGCGUCACACAUUUCAUUAUCACAUUUUAUUUUCCUUUCAAGUUUAAUGUAUUUUGUGAACACUUUAUCAGUUCAGUUGUGUAUUUCUAAAGAUGUCGUCGUUUCGUCUGGCCUGACUACAGGUCCGCUGUAGCGGGACUGCUGGUAGUUUUUAUUGGAGGAUAAUUACGCCCAUUGUUACAAAUGUGGACCAUCGACACCAUCUGCAAGCUGCACUGCACAGUUACAACAACUCAGUUACAAUACAGAACUGUCUAAGGUCCAUGUGUUCUUAACGGAGAGCAUUAAAUAAAUCCAAGAUAUAAAAUCUGCAGAAAAUAGUAAUUAUUUGUGUGCAGGCUAGUGUAUUUUGAUGUGGAGUAGCAUCUGUAGCAGCACCAGCCCCCCCGGUCCAUUUACACCUCAUGUUCUGUUACGAUACCAAAGACUCCCACUUAGGUCAGUCAAUGAUGGUGAGAGUAUAAAGACAGGUUGAUUUGCUGUACAUAUUUUGCCUUACGUCUCUCUUCUAAACUUAACUAAUCUCCAGUCUUUUUAAAUUUCGUCAUUAGAAUCCACCCCUAAAAAGACAGAUUUAUAUUAAAGGUAUAAAUUCCAGAUUAUAUUGUUGUUUUGCACAGUGCUAACACUAUUGACAACCUUAGCAUAGUGUAAAAUUUAUUCAGGAUUUAUUUAUUUUAAGGUUUUACACCCCCCAACCACUUGAUUAGGGUUCCUUUUAAUAUAAUUUAAGAUUUUUAAAUUGACGUGAUGUUCAGUCCGACUUGUUACAUGCGUAUACGGUCGAUGCAUUGUUGACCAAAAUUACAUUUCUGCUAACAAUUGGAGCAAGAGUUAGCAUUGCAUGCUAACUGUAGCAUAAAGGGGAGUUUAGAUUGUUAGAUCUAAAUUCAAAGAUAAAGUUUGAUUUAUUACCUUAAACCCAUUAACAGAUGUGGUGCUCGACUAGAGUGUUGGCGUGCUAAUCUUUUAGCUCUUUUUGGUCCCACAACUUGACCUCUGCUAACGAUGAUUUUACUGCUGAGUCACACCAAUCUAACACUAUUGACAACCUUAGCAUAGAGUAAAAUUUAUUCAGGAUCUAUUUAUUUUAAGGUUUUACACUCCUCAACCACUUGAUUAGGGUUCCUUAAGAUAAUUAAAGAUUUUUUAAAUUGACGUGAUGUUCAAUCCGACUUGUUACAUGCGUAUACGGUGUUAGCAUGCUAAUCUUUUAGCUCUUUUUGGUCCCACAACUUGACCUCUGCUAACGAUGAUUUUACUCCUGAGUCAGACCAAUCCCAGGCAAACACUUGGCUGCUGCUAGGGCGUAAAUUCCACUGCAGUUAUAGAGUGAAUUUAAAUUAAAUGCAUUCCUUUCCCACUCAAGUCCAUACAAAUUAGCAGAUGCUAAUUAUCAGAAUUGCUGAGUCACUUUAAGCUGAAAGCUAGCAUUUUGGUUAGCUGGGUGAGACUUCCGUGCUAACAGUUUAGCAAGUUUUACAAACGUUUCUGUUGCUGACAUAAAAUAACAAUGGAAGCUACUGAUUAACUCCAGUAUGUCUGAAUUAUACAAACUUUGCUUUAGAGCCAACUAAACAAGAGGAUGUGGUGACAUAAACAGACCCCAAAAAAACACCUUUAUUUAAGUGUUGUUGUCUUCUGUAACUAUUAACUUAACACAUUUGCUCCACUUUGCAAAAGGACUACCUCCAUAAAGUAUUAACAAAUGUAUAAAUCUGACUAAUGACUAGGCUGUGAAUGGUUUAUAAAUCACCAGUAAGAAGCUUUAAGCACUUUUCAUCCACUUAUGCAGAAUCACUGUUUUUGCAAGAAAACUGUGAUUAUGUUGCCCCCUCCCCCUUAACUGAUUCACUAUAACUGGUUAUUACUGGUUUAUAAACUCAUUUACCAAUACAUUUGUGCUAUUUAUUAGACUUUAAUAACGGUAGUCUUUUUGUAAAGCAAUACCACAGUAGCUGGUUUCUGUAACUCCUCUUCAGACCCCUGCACACAGUGGAUUUGAUCAAAACUUGCAUGAUUUAAGUAGAAACUCAUUCCAUGUUUACAUGUUUGGAUCAUCAUAGUCAAGUUUAAUAAAUCCCAUGUUUCACAGUUUUUAUUGAGUUAUAAGUCUGAUAUAUUCUUGUCUAUUAAUUUGUUAUGACCCGUCAGACUAAAAGCAUCAGUAGUGGUUUAAAUUGUUUAAUCUCUUUUAAUAAAUACAGCCUUCCUGUGUUCUCUGGAAAAGUUAAAUCGAUUUCUUUUUUGUCAAUAUUUUCUAAAAGAUUAAAAUCAGAAUAAAGCAAAGUGCAGUAAAAUAAUGAAAUAAAGGGGAUCCUGCGUUUGA